AUGGAGCAGGAACCUGUGGAGGAUGUACCCCAUUGCCAUCAUCAUCACCACCAUCUGCAGUACCAUACUCAUCAUCAUCACCAUGGUCCAUCUCACGAAGUCCCGAGGUCAAUGGGGGAACAUAACAAGGCUCAUUACAAGUAUGAACCUUUCCUUAUAUGCUUCUCACAAAGACUAACUUAUGUCAGUAAUGCCCCCCCAGCGCUAUUUCGAUGGCCUUGGAUUAUUGAGCUGUGUAAUCAAAUAUCAAAAGAGCUACGAGCGAACAUAGACUGGAUUGGUAUCAAGCCGCCAUCUUCAAGGCCGACAAAACUGUUAGAUUACGCCUGCGGUGAUGGCGUCGCGUCUCGGGCACUCGCACCGUUCAUGUCUACAGUGAGAGGCAUGGAUAUAGCAUCAGGAAUGGUAGAGCAGUAUAACAAAAUGGCACUGAAAGCAGGCUAUACCUCGACGAAAAUGCGAGCUAUUCAGGCCGAUCUUAUCGAUCCCGAGUUGACGCCGUCUCCGGAAAUCGAUACGCCAGGAUUCUUUGAUUUUGACGUGGUAGUCAUGUGCAUGGCUCUUCAUCAUAUCGAAGACCCGGAUAACAUGAUAUUGCAGCUCUCAAAACGGCUGAGACCGGGAGGAAUUUUACUUAUCAUUGACUGGGUGGUAAGUUCUGCGGGCAGUAGUGCUCAGACAGAAAAUCGGACGCUGGGAGCGAUUAGUAGAAUGGGAUUUCAAGAGAGUGAAGUAAAGAGCUCAUAUGAUACGGCUGGACUUGAAGAUUGGGCGUGGAAAUUGACCUCGGCGCCGUCUCAAGUACCAAGAGAGAUUGGUGGUGAACAACAACUGUUUCUUGCUCGGGGAAGGAAGCCAUGUAGUUAG